ACCGAACUGAAUAUCUUUUUUUAACAGGUGGCUCAUUGCAUUAAUCGUUAGGUAGCGAAAACGGAUUUUAGGAUCAAAGAAUGGCGGAUACUAGGUUGAAAAUAUUUUUGCUUUGUACUAUGUUCGUCGCUACAGCAUCGCUGCUUGUCAUGUUUUAUUACUCCGAGGCGGCUUCAAGGUAUACGAGAAUAGGAUUAAACUACAUAGAAGUGUUCCGGAGUAAGCUUACCUAUGUAGGUUCUAGGACGAGAGAACGCGGCUGGAUGAUUACGAACAAUACAUUCCAAUGGGACGAAUUAAUUUUAAAUUCUUCGACGCGCGAUCCUUACACGUCUGAGAGCUUGAUCUCGACGUCAUCUUUCGCGCCGGAGGCGAAUUGGACUACAGAUAGGGAUAAACUUACCGAGGAGUCAACGCAGCAAGUAAUAACAAAACGAAAUGUUCAAGAAGAAACUAAGCCAUUAUCAACAACGUCAAGUGAAAUUCAACAAGCAAAAGAACUAUGUCCCAGCGGGUCGAGGCAAGGUUUGUAUAAGUUUGUAAGCUUACCGGUAUACGAACCUGCCUUUUGUCUUCAUAAUGUUACUUGAUAUUUAAAAGCAGGCCAAUUUGCUUUGAAUUGCAUUAAUCUUACCUGCUAUGCUCCCCAUGGAAAAUUCUAAACAAAAGCCAAUGCGUAAAUUGCGUGACUGCUAGAAAAUUGUUGAUCAAAAGAUCUCAUAGUCGUUUGCAACCCGAACGAAUGUUUAAUCGUGCCAUUGAAGCGAGUAUUGAAGUGGACAUUGUAAUAAGACAUGCUAAAUAAAAAUAAUUUCGUAAACUGCACUGUUUCCCCAAGGGUUUAACAUUCGCUAAGUCAAAGGAAAAAAUAUUUAAGCUUAUUUAGUGGCGGGUAAGUUUAAUUGAAAUGGACCUGUAUUCAAUGAUCAGCGAAAUGAAGGGGCUCAUAAAUUUACAUUUCAAUUUCCUGUUCGAUUUUGAAGAAAAUAGGGUGUUCUGCAGUUGCUUCAAAAUAGAAACCCAAGUACUUUAUAAACUUUCCAGGUUUUGCUAGUCUGAAACGAGGAAAUUUCAAAUUACAUAAUUUUUUGUAUUUUCUGCGUUGUUUGUUUAGGGAAGUUGUAUUUGUCUGCAAGCAAAUAAUUAAUAAAAAUUAUUUUGCCUACAAAACAAAAGAAUCCUUUAUUUUGCAGCCAAUAGGUCUUUUACCAAGGGACUGACAAAAUUUGUUCGCUAUAACGGGGUUUCGUAUCGAGGUCCUUUUUCCAUAUUAUUAUUUUACUAUUAUUGGGGUAAAGAAAUCAUUCGUAAUCUAUUUUUAUUAUGAUUUUUUUUGACGAAAUUGGAGAUAACAACUUAUUCAACUUUUAUUUAGUUCCUUUGGAAUAAAUUAUUGUUGUAGAUAGUUUUUUGAAUUUUUUUUCUUAUUGGUAGUCUUUACACUAGAGUCUAAAUAAGCUAAGAAAUAUUUCAAGACAAGUAAAUUUUAAUUACUUCAAGUAAAAUAAAGCUUCACACACAACCGAUUCUUUCUUUACUUCAGGUUAACUUAAGGCCAUUUUCCCUUAAAACAUAAUUAAGAUUGAUUGACAUGUUUUGCCUCUCUCAAAGUUCAAGAAACUGCAAGUCAGUUUAAUCGGUCAUAAGGAUGGUUUUCAAGUUGCUUGAAACUUUCUUGAAUAAUUGUUUCAACUUUCCGACUUUACUGAGGUGCAAAGUAAAGUUACUUGAGAUUUUACUUCUAAUGGCCUUCACACAUGAAGUGUUACUUAACAGCCUAGUGUAAGGACAACCAUUGUAUGAGUUGCUAAAGUCCCUAAAUUGCCAAAAAAAAAAAAGAAUAAAUAAAUAAAAUAAUAGUAAUAAUGAUAAAAAUUAACAUCACCUACAUGGUAGCUAACUCUGAAAAUGUACUUUGUUGAUUUCUUUUUAGUGGGACCACUAUAUGUCGACCAAACAGUGCCUAAAGAGAAAGACCUUGAAAGAGAAAUGUCUAGUGAGUUUGAUGGCUGGGUCAAUAAAGGCGGAUGCUGGAGGCCAACUGAAUGCCAGGCAAGGGUCAAGGUGGGGUUAUUAGCAACUUUUAAAUUUUCAAUAUCAAAACAUUUCAUAGUGCUUCCUUUUCAAAUAGAGUUGGCAGGGGCGUUAUUUUGAAACGUCUGGGGGUGUGCUUUUCCGUUAAGCCCCAAUAUCCACAUACAAAUUCUCCCGACUGAUAUUCAUACAUUCCCUAGAGAUACAGUAAGUUGAGAGAUUUUAAUAAAAGGACAAAGCAUUUUCUCUUUGGUGAUCAUUUGAUUAAUUCUCAUAACCAUUUCUCUUGACAGCAUAUGGAUAUUGUUAGGAGAAAAUUCAUGUUGGUCACUAUUAGGACUAAAAGGUUUAAAAAUAUGUUGUCAUUCAGAUUUUAUGAUAUAUUUUGUUUUUUGGUCUUUUCUUUUCUUUCUGUGGGGGUUGUCAGAAAAGUGUGGUGUAUCAAAACUUCCCCCGCCUUGGCAAUAACAGAUUUUAAAAUGCGGGUAAUAUUUUGUUGCUGACAAGAACUGUCAAAGCGUAUCUUUUGUCUAUGUUUGAAGGAAACGUGGAUUUGCUUCAAUCAUAAUAUAGUUUGACAACUUUUAUACAGAAGGCCAGUCCUAUGUCUUAAUAUUUUGACCCCCAUCACAUUUUGUGCAUUUUGAAAUUUACCCCUCUUAGAAAAUUGUACCCCUCCCCCCAGGACGUGAUAAACGAUUAUUCCCCUACUAUUCUAUGGUGAGAGCAUGGAUUAAUCACUACCCAGUAGAUAACACACUUAACAUUCAUUAAAUCAGUUAUUUGUUGUAGGCUAUCUGCCAGCCUGAAAUCAAGAACAUGAUGUUAAAACUGCAAUACAAUCUCUCUCCAGAUGGCGCUUAUAACUCCCUACCGUAAUCGUUAUGAGCAGCUCUUAAUGUUUGUGCGUCACAUGCACCCUAUGCUUAAAAGGCAAAAUUUAGACUACAGGAUUUUUGUGAUAGAGCAGGUAUGUUUUUAAACUUAGCAGUACAACCCCCCAAGUUACAAUUUUUUGGUCUCCAUACAUUUAUGGCACGACUCUUUUGGUGUAGGGAGCCUUUUUUAUAAAUCAAGUUGCCAUCUCCAAAAUUUUAGAUGCCAUGGUGACCAAUGGUCGCAACUUGGAGGGUUGCAGUGAUAUAGAAACACAUGCACUAAGAUCAAUCUCAACUUUAUACUCUAAAGGUAAUGUAUUCGUCCAUAAGAUCAUCGAAAAUCAGCGCUACAGGUGGCCAUCUUGACUGAGUCUUGCUUGAAGAUGACUAGCUCAUCUACUUAGGGAGCAGGGCACAGAUUGGGAGGAAGCAAUUCCCAUGCCUUCUUUCCGUACCAUUACAAACCCCGACAUCUUCCCUCUUGGUACAUUUGAAACCAAUAACUAAUGGCUGUCAGUGCCAGUGACCACUCAAUCUUGAUGAUCUUAUGAAAAAAACAGGGUACUGUGAAUAGUUAUCCAUAUUCCAAGGCUGACCUUUCAAGUUCUAGAACCUUGUUGGAGCCAGGGGGGUGAGCCGGGGGGUCCACUGUCCUUAGUCUAGACUAGUUUUGAGCAAUUCACACCAAUAGCUACAAAAUAGAAUUUUUUUAAUUGGAUUGUGGUCCAUAGCUUAAUCUUUGUAAAGCAGGUUGGGCAAGUCAUAUCAAUUUUUGUGAUGUGCAUACAGCUAUUUCAAUUAUUUAGUCAUUAUUGUUGUUGGAAAAUAUAAAGCCCAAGCAAUGAGACUGUGAAACAAUAUGGAUAAUUUCAUCAAAAUAUUCCCAAAGUCAGUCACAGUUCAUGAUUCUACUGUCAUAAAACAACAAUGGUACACUCUAAAAUUUAAUGUUAGUGAGGUUUUUUUGGCACUGACAACCAUGAAGCUAAGAACAAAUUUUAAAGGACUUUUACAGUUUCUCACACAACUUUGCAGUCUUCUUGCGUAGGCUUGAGGCCUUAAAAUCUGACAGCAUGAAUAAUAAUGUUGAAAUACAUGUACCUGGAGCUAAAUACCAUAAUACUCUAUUUACAUGGAGUGAUUUUACAUGUUAAUGGGAACACAAGUGCUACGUGUACAGCUGAAACUGCAGAUGCCCAGUUCAGAAUUACAUACAUUGCAAUGCAGUUAGUUCCCUUUGAAACAGAUACCUGUGGGACCAAAACAAUUAUUUGUCUGUCUUAGAAAGAUCUGUAUCUUAUAGGGAGUCAACUAAAUUAGGCCAUCUGAUAUUACGCGGUGGUGCGAUUUUGCACAAUUGACCUCAAAUUGCAUCAGAUUGCACAAUUUGAGGAAAAUCGCAUAAUUCGUAAAAAAAUGCUAAAUUCAAGUAAAGAAAACAAUGAAUUCUAACUUAAAUUAAACAUUUUCUCAAUCUUAAUGUUAUUUAAGGUGAUUUAACACUAAAGAAAGCCUUGCAAGACAUCUGAAACCUUCAAUCGUGUUAUCUGGGCAGCCAUUUUGAUUUCAGAGACAAGCAGUGUGGUCAGCGGUGUAAGGGCAUCAUGUCAUGACUAUGUAGUGUGCUAACAUGCAGUUCAUACCAAAUAAUCGGACAAAUUUAACUAUUUUGUUUUAAAUAGAUGUUUUAUUAUUCUUUACAUUCAAAUUGCCUGUUAAACAACAUUAAAAUGGUUUUUCUCCUUUGAAACCUGGUAAAACAAUGUAAAUUAGCCCUGAAAAAAUCACAUAAUUUAUCGCAUAAUAGUCGUAACUUAUCGCACAAUCUUCCCUGAAAAUAUCGCACAAUUUGUGAUUUUUUAUCGCUCCCUAUCAGAUGGCCUGCUAAAUGGUGGGAAGAAAGGCAGGGACCAACUCUUGGUUUCCAUUUUACAAGGUGCCCAUUUUUUAGGGUAUCUGUUUAGAGGGAGCUGACUGUGAUCAAAAUUACUGAUUUGUCCGCAGGGUAAAAAUCCUCAGCCACCUGAACCUCUUAUGAAAAAAGCUUUUCAUUACUCUCUGUAACCUUCUGUCCCAAAUAAAGAGAGAGAAUUGAUAAUUAUAAUAUUGUUAUGCUUGCAUUUCUAUAAACAGGCUGGAGAAACUCCAUUCAACCGUGCCAUGAUGUUUAAUAUUGGUUACAAGGAAUCACUAAAAUUUGACCAGUAUGAAUGCUUCAUUUUCCAUGACAUAGACUUGAUACCAGAAGAUGAUCGUAAUGAAUACAGCUGUCCCUCCUCACCUAGACAUCUGUCAGUGGCCAUAGACAAAUUUUCUUAUCGGUAUGUUUAACUGAACACUCUACAAUCAUGUAUGUGUUCUGUUACUCACAUUACAGCACCUGAGUCACAGAAGAAAAUCAAGCAUGAACAUGCACAAUGUUUUAGUUAUUCAUUUUUUAUUUUAUUUUUAUGUGCUGUAAAUUAACUUUCAGAUGCACCUCCUUAGCUAAAUAAUUUGGACAUGCCAAAAAAAAUUGAUUUGUUUAACCAAUGUGCCCCUGGAGAUUUUUCCUAUAGACACAUUUUGAAGGAGUUUUGGGAAAGCUUUUGGGAUAAUUAUAUUAGGAUUAGAUGGAAGAAAUUGCAGGGGGUUAAUGAACAAAGCAAGAUUCUCACCGGAUUUUUUGGGUCAAUUUUACAUCUCUGGCUUCCUUGACUGAUUCGUGCUCAUUUUGGUAUGGUUUGAAAGAUCUCUUUUCCCUGCACAAGUUAAAUGACAUUAAGAUGCCACAAGCGAUACAAAGGAUGUUGAUCUGUAUAGGCUGUUAUGAGUAGUUGAGGGGUGAAUGGAUUAAGUCAGAACUUUACAACUUCCUGGUUUCAUCGAACAACUAGGUUCUUUAGUCAGUUUUUUCCUUGUUGAAAACAGCUAAGUUACCCAUCUCAGAUGUUUGGAUAGUCAGCUGUGUGUUAGAAUUCAACCCUUGGUGUUCAAAAACAAAAAAUAUAUAUGUUGUAGUUAAUUUUUUAUCUCAGGUAAUUUUUAUUUUUCUUUUGUUUUUGGGUAUGGUAAUCUAUGCUAAUGAAGUUGAAACAAAAGAAAAAUAAAAAUUACCUGAGAUAAAAAAUUAACUACAACAUAUACAUUGUAUAUGAACCCAUACUGUACUCCUACUCUUAAUUUCUUAUUCUGCUCAGCUACAUGUUUGCAUGUUUUUAAUUCAUUUGCAUGCAGGUUACCAUAUUCCACAAUCUUUGGAGGAGCAGGCUCCCUUACAAAGGAACACUUUAAACUUAUCAAUGGAUUCUCCAACAAGUUUUGGGGAUGGGGUGGAGAAGAUGAUGACCUCUACAACAGGUACAUGUAUAUGUAUUGAUUUUGAUUUCUUUGUAGCCCUACCUAUUUCUCUGUGACUGAUUUUUUUUGUAACAUGAAGAUGAUCUGAACUGCGGAAAUACAAAUUUUUAAAUGAAGAUAUGAUCAUCGCUGUGGUAAUUGCAAUUUAAACAAUUGCAAAUACCCCCCCCCCCCCCAAAAAAAAAUGGGUGGGCUUCAACAGGAUUUGAACCCAUGGCCUCUGCAUUACAGCUGCAGCACUCUAGCAUUAAUUUUGAGCUAUGAAGACCCAUACAUAAAAUGGGAGCGGACCAAUUUGUUGAGUUCGUCUUAACCCCUGAAAGGAAUGAAACAUGAAGAUGGUGUGAACUGUGGAAAGACAAAUUUUUGAACAAGGAUAUGAUCAUCGCAGUGGUAAUUGCAAUUUUUAGGCAAUUGCAAAUACACCCCCCCCCCCCCAAAAAAAAACAAACAAACAAACAAACAAACAAAUUUAGGACUUCAACAGGAUUUGAACUCAUGGCCUCUGCAUUAGGGCUGCAGUGCUCUACCAUUUGAGCUAUGAAGACCCAUACAUUGGGAGCAGGCCAAUUUGUUAAUGGCAAAUGGCUGCUUUGUCCAGGUGGAGUGAAGACUUGAUGUUCCAUGUCAUCCAUGUAUCCAACAAUUAAAAACCAACCUCUUCAUGUUGGAAAUGGCAAAGAAUGAAAAUGGUGCAAAAAAAAAAAGAUCACCCUGAUCAUCACAGCCUUUUGCUCUGAACACAGUAAUUUUUGUAAAGCAAUGGUUAUUAUGCCAUAUUAUGAUAUUUUUCUGAAUGUAGAGGUAUAGUCACUUUUUUCUUGUUCUGCACAGUUACCUGUCAUUAUGUUGUAUAGCUUCAAAGAAAAACCCUUACCAAUCUUACCAUAAAUACAAUGUACAAGUGAUAGCUGUUAUUCUUGUGAUAACCUCAGCCCACUAAGUCAUCUCUUUCUCUAGAACUGUCUCUUCUCAUGCCCUGUUUUAAUUUUUUUAGAAUAGCUGCUAAGGGGCUGAAGCUAACUCGACCAUCCAUGGAAUUAGGAAGGUAUAAAAUGGUACAGAAGUAUCAUAAGUCUGCUCCUGCUGAUGAAAAGAGGUGAGCAAAGCUAUAAAGUAAUAAUUAAAAAAGGAAUAAUACUAAAGAUCGUUGUUGAAUCGUGUGUUAAAGCCUUCCAGUACAAAGUAAUUAACUCAAUUCUUUACACAAAUACAAAGUUGUAUAAAAUAGGUUUUAGAAAAAAUGAUUUAUCUGCUUUCUGUGACAAUCAACCCGAAUUAUUAACCCAUUUGUUCUAUCACUGCUUACAUUCUAAACUGUUUUGGAUUGAAUUUGAAUUAUAUUGGUGCCUUACUUCGAAUCAACGAAUUAGUCUCUGCUUAGAAAAAAAUGUGCUCUUUGGAAUUUUGACAGAAAAUUCUUGCCCUUUACUUAAAAAUUGCUGAACUAUUUUAUAAUUAUUGAAAAAUUCUAUUUGUGGGACUGUAGGAGCAAACAAAUCCUUCCAAACAUUUAUGGAUCUACGGCGAAGAUCAUCGCUAAAUAUGAAAGAGAAGAAAAAAUCAGCAACAAAGAAUUCUUUAAAAGAAAGUGGAUACUGAUGCUAAGUUAACUGUCUUAACUUUGCCCUGUUGUACUUUUUUCUAAUUUCUUUUAGCCCUUAAUUAGUUUAACAAUUAAUUUUGCUUUACUCUGUUAAUGUCUAUUGUUAAAAUGUUUUUUUGUAGUAUUGUAAAAUGUAAUAAUAUUUAAUGUGAUUAUCAAUAAAAUUAAUAUCCCACCCCUUCCACUUAAGGGGCUUUUUUAGGGAUAAUGAGUUGCAGUAAUUCAAAUGGACCCUAAUAAGGUUAAGAACUCCUCCAAAUUAGUUGGAAGCAAAUCUUUUAGCUAUUUUCAGGGUUGUCACUAAGAUUUCAAGUUGCCGGGUAAAUACAACAAGUAGGCGGGAAAUCAAACGGCUAGGGAUUUCUUUUGGUUCUAUUUUUCUUCGAUUUUCCGAUAAAAGUAGCCGGGGGUCACUCUCUUAGUAGCCGGGGAAAAACCCCGGCCCCUGGCUCUUAAUGACAACCCUGUAUUUUACACGAGUGGCCUAGGAUUUGAGCUUGUGACUACAGAGAACAAAUCCAGUCAGCUAGCAGUCAGGGGAAUACCCAAACCCUGGGGCAUCCAGUCUACAAGUCUAGCAGUGCAAAAGGGAAUACAUAUGUAUGUACAAUUUUGCCAGAAGUACAUGCAGUGUAUGUGAGCACUGCCAGAGUUGUUAUAAAAUUAUUGCAGUCUGUGUUUCGGUCCAAGCUAUUCUGCUCCUCCAGCCCUUUCCCUAAAAUAAUUUUACGCAUUGUAAGUCUUUGUAGUUUAAUUGUCAUAUCAAUAUCAACAUUGCCAGGGCAGAAGAGGGAGUUGGGGUCCAGGGUUAAGACUUGCUCUUCUCAAACAACUGUAUCCUUACACAAUGUAAUUUAAUUUGUAUUUUCUACUAAAUAGAUGCUUUGUCAGUUUGUAAAGCUCAUAAAGCAGUUCUGACCCAUAGUGGCCUGUCUAAAAUUAAUACUUCCUUCCUUAUUCAGCCUUGAUUUUUAACCAGGCCGCUGAAGUACAGUUAGAAAGGCUCUAAUAUAUUUAUUGCAAUAUCAGAUAAAAACAAAACUGAAAUGUAAUUUGCUUUCGUGUUAGUUUUAAGAACCAGAAUUGAGAAAUGUACUGCUUGGUAACAGUAUAGCUGACCCUGUCACGUUUUAUGACCUGUAAAAUGACAGUAAUUUUUGGAAUAGGCCAUUUGCACUAGGAGGUCACGUGACAUCAUUUUUAUGAAAAUGAAAGUUAUGAUUUUGCCUUCAGAAAACGAAUAGUGGGUCAUAUCUUAAACAAAAUAAUAGUGAUUUUUGAAAAUGAGUAAUUUCGUAGCUAGUCAGUACUGACAUGUGACCAAAAUGUGAUUUUUAAAUGAAUUACCUCUUCUGAACCCUGAGAAAUUUUGCGCUUAAACUUCAAGGAAACUGUUGAAAAGAUGAUGUUGUAACGUUUUCAGCACAUCUGAGUGUAACUAUCUAACGUUUAACAAGAUACAAGUAAAAAGUAGUUUCGGCCGCCAUGUUGGAGGGCAAGAGUAUGCCCUCCAACAUGGCGGCCAAUACAAAUCAUACUACUUUGUUGAAAAAUCAAAGUGCCAUAAACUAUCUCCCUAAAAUGGGUUUCCUCUGAAAUUUCGGGUGUAAGAUAAUUUCUAUGUGUUCCAUCAAUUUUUGGCAUCAGCAAGAUUCCAACUCAUUGUUUAAAGGAAGUAUUGGUCACGUGACCUCUUAGUGCAAGUGGCCUAUUCCGGUUAGGUCAAAUUAGUCUCAUUAUUCUGUCACACUAUAUUUUGGGGGGCUGAGGGAUUGGGGGAGGGAUGUGUUAAAAUAAUGCUAAUAGUUUUCUACCUAGAAUGGUUAACUUGCUUAUUUUUAUUCAUAAUGGUGGACUUUAAAAGUUACUAUACAGCCCUGACUUAAAAAUAGUACUCGUUUUUUCUGGUAAAGAAGGUCUUCCUCAAGGCUUCACAUAGAUUCUGCAUCAUGCAGUGGUCCUCAGAGACAAGUUUUUUUUGUAGCCUGAGUGUGUACAGCUGCCUCUUCCCCUCAGAAAAAAUUACCUCAUGGCAGCCCAGUUAAAAUUACCUUUUGGCUAUGUUUGUUUUUUGUAGGAUGGAGAAGCUGCGGGACUCUGCAGCAAGGAUGGCAACUGACGGUCUUAAUUCUAUGAAAUAUACUGUGAACAAGAUAACAGAACACCUUCUCUACACUCAGGUGACAGCAGAUGUCAAAGAUGCUAUGGAAAGUGAGAGAUAGCAUCAUUUUACAAGCCAUGUUACUAGUUUGUAAUAAUUCAUUAUGCCCCCUCUACUGCAGGUAGCCUUUUUCACAAUACAUCACUACUGUACCAGUACAUACGGUCAAACCUCCUUCUUGUGGACUCCACCCUAUUAUUUAACAAUUAUUAUUGCAUGAUUGCACGUUAGAUAUGAGAUGGUAGAAUGCGCCGAGUUGGCUAUAAUCAUCUCAUAUUCAACAAGCGCAAGUGGAAUAAUAAAUUGUUGUAUUAAAAACGCCCACAAAAUAAUAUCGAGAAUUCUUUCCCGGUGACUCUAUUUGUAAAAAUAACCAAUUUUUAGCUUGUCUUUAAUUUUGAGCAGAUGCUUACAUUACCACUUUUGGAGAGCAUGGCUCAUAUACCAUGAUGGCUUAGCCAAUCAAAGCUCUAGAAUAGCAUUAUCCAAUUGUUCAGUUCUUAAUAACUACAGUUCUCUUGGUCCUACCCUGCAAGCAGAGGCUCCUUUUGUCUUCCGUCUUGAUCAAAGAAGAGAAAAGGAGGCUUUGUAUAAAUCGUGUCAAGCCUUUGAAGUCUCUGCAGCGUGAACUUCUGAACUAGUUACAGUCACGAUAGGUCAAAUGUACCCUGUAAGAUUCUGUUAAAUGAAUUGAUU